GUCAGCGGCGAUGCAGGUCAGAGCUCUGAGAGAUUACUGCAACAACUACGACCUGACGAGCCUCAACAUCAAGACUGGAGACAUCAUCACGGUUCUGGAGCAGCAUUCUGACGGCCGGUGGAAGGGUUGUAUCCAUGACAACCGGACAGGAAAUGACCGCGUUGGUUACUUCCCCUCCAGCAUGGUGGAGGUCAUCAGCAAGAGGCCAGGUUCUCGGAGCUCUGAGGCCAGUCCCCACGGCUCUCCCACCUUAGGCCAGCAGGGCGGCGCCAGCGGGGGACGCUCUGGGUGCUUCGGAAGCCUCGCAGCUGCAGCUAAGAGUCCAUCUGGUUGUCCUCCUCAUGAGCAGCGCUCCUUUGAUCGUAAGGCAGAGGCAGAUGGGAAGGACCUGACAGCAAUCGGGGUAACUAAACCAGGCCAUCGUAAGAAGAUGUUAUCAGAGAUCAGCAAACUGCCGUCUGGUGACUGGCUACCUGACCACAAACCUGCCAGCCUGGGAGAGUGGUUGUCAGCGAUCGGGCUGAGCCAGUACUACCAGGUUCUGGUGCAGAAUGGAUACGACAACAUCGACUUCAUCACUGAGAUCAGCUGGGAGGACCUGAAGGAGAUCGGCAUCACCAAGCUGGGCCACCAGAAGAAGAUAAUGUUAGCAGUGAGGAGGCUGAGGAAGUUCCAGAGAGGAGAGGGAAGUUCUCAGCCUUCUACCCCUCCUUCCUCCUCCACCCCUCCUUCCUCCUCCACUCCUCCCCCCUCUACCCCACUUCCCUCUACUGGGAGGGGUCAGAGGCCCCCUCCCACUAAACCCCGGCCAGGGAUUGGCUCACCACCUCACACUCCCACCAAGACCCACCCCUCCUCCGCCAAGGCUCGAUCCCACCCCUCCACCCAGCCCCCCACCAGCUGA